CUCUACGUAGCCAGUGAUAAAGUAAAUGUUUCGAGUAAACAACGUUUGAGAGGCUUUUUUGACAAUGGCUGCGAAUAAACCCAAAGAAGUUCAACCAGGGUAUACUGGAGAAUGUAAUCCGGAAAUUUUCAACUUGUCUGCAAGACCGGAAAUCAAGGAAAAGAAACCAGGACAGCUUCCGGACGAAACGAUUCGGAAAUUCUUUGAAGAUGGUUACGUUAUGGUGGAAAACUUUUUCACUAAAGAAGAACUAGAACCUUGCAGAGAGGCGAUCGAAAAAUUUGUGGAUCAACUGGCGCAGAAAUUACACGGGGCUGGAAAAAUUAAAGAUUUGUAUAAAGAAUAUGGAUUUUUUGAGCGUCUGUCAAAGAUUGAGGAGGAAUUUCCUGGAGCUAACAUAAUUCUUCACAAAUAUGGAGUUCUUCCACAGGCAUUUAAAAACCUUUGGACCAAUGACCGUUUGCUUAACGUUGUGGAGCAGCUGAUUGGUCCAGAUAUCGCGGGACAUCCUGUCUGGAAUCUACGUACAAAGACACCUCAAAACGAGGCUACAACUGUCCCUUGGCACCAAGACAGCGCUUACUUGGACCGUGACUCCUACACAGUACUCCAACCCACGGCCUGGAUACCCCUGCUGGACACUGACCAACAAAAUGGAUGUAUGCAGGUCGCACACAGAGGUCAUAAAACAGGAAAAGUGGCCACUCAUCAAUGUUGCUAUGGUAACACGUGGUAUGUCAUGCUGGAGGAGAAAGAGAUGGCCAAAUCUCUCGGCAUAGAUUUGGAAAAAGACAUCAUUACCUGUCCAGUUCCUUAUGGAGGAAUGCUUCUUCUAAACAAUAUGAUCCCCCAUAGAAGUUUACCAAAUUUAUCGAAGCAAAUCCGUUGGAGUCUGGAUCUCCGAUGGCAGAAGCCAGAAAAACCUGCCGGAUUUUAUGGAAUCCGCGAGCACCUGCUGUUCCGUACGUCCAGAGACCCCGGCUACAAGAUUGACUGGUCAAGCUUUGAGGGUGACAACCGAUGGGACAUACAGAAGGAGUACGUCAACGACCUGGAUGUACUUCCGAAUGCCGAAGAUAAAGAUUUUGACACGACUAUUCAGGGACCAUGGAUGAAGAAAUGGGAUCUUGUGAACCACAACACUCAUACUGCAAAAAUGGAUGAAGAUGUGAAAAGUACAUGGCAUGGUCAACAAGUGAAGGCCUGAAUCCCUGACUGUCAGCUACUCGUCUAUACCCUUACGACUCCUCUACAGACAAGAUGUUAACCUAACGAUUUCAUUUUGAUUCCAAUGCUACUGUUUCAGUUGAUUCCAAUCAUAUAUAUUAUAGACAGUGUUUUCAUUUAAUUUAGCAGAUGUAUUGAUUAAUUGUAAUUAAAACAAGAGACAAUUUGCCUCAU